CAAUGGCUUUAAAAAGAAUAACAAAGGAGCUUCAUGAUUUUGACAUGGAUCCUCCGUCGGCAUGCUCCGCUGGUCCUGUGAGUGAUGAUUUAUUUAAUUGGCAAGCCAAUAUGGGACCAACGAACAGCGCAUAUGAAAGUGGUGUGUUUUAUCUCAAUAUCCACUUCCCCGCAGAUUAUCCUUUCAAACCACCAAAAGUAUCAUUUACGACGAAAAUCUAUCAUCCAAAUAUCAACAGCAAUGGCAGCAUCUGUUUAGACAUCCUCAGAUCACAAUGGUCGCCAGCACUCACCAUCUCAAAAGUUCUUCUGUCAAUUUGCUCUCUGCUAACGGAUCCUAACCCUGACGACCCUCUGGUACCUGACAUCGCCCGCGUCUACAAGACGGACAGAACCAAAUAUAAUAUGAUCGCCAGAGAAUGGACACAAAAAUAUGCAAUGCUCUGAAGAACUAGACAGUCUGGGAGCAGGAGGGUUAAUGUCUGUCUGUUCUCAAUGACCUAGCCAACCAACCAGCAGGCUUCCUGGACCCAUUUGCCCAUUGUAGGGGUCAUGGGUCAGGGGUCAGACAACCUUGUAGCCAGCCUUGUUCAACCAAUCCUAUGCGGUCCAAGUAUAAUUACAUUUCUACCCCUAGCUUACUUAGGGUGCGUUCAAGCAAUUUUUUAGCGACUGUGGUUCUGCAGAAUCACGAUACAAAACGCAUCUUUUUCAGCGUUUCAUGUUUGCGUUUUGAAACACGUUUAUUUUACGACUGACAAAAAAAUCACUUGAAAUUUCUUGAAUGCAAACGCGUUUGAAACUAAAUGUCUUUGAAAGACUUGUUUCUAAGGUGAAAAAGUGUCAAUUGAACGCACCCUUACCAUAUCAUGCAAUAUUGCGAUCGUAAUCCUUUCUUAUCUCAUAUGAGGGUGGUCUCAAAGCAAGUUUAUAAUAUCACAUCACGUACGGUUAGAGCCUAGAGGUUUUGUGUCUUCUGUUGUGAUAUCAUUAUUGAGAGUAGCGAUGGGUUGAUCGCAGUUUGAAAUAAUGCUAGGAUCCGUAUUUAUGUAUCUUCUUUAAGAGAAAUCCUACCUUGAUUGCAAGUUGUUUUAAAGCCUAUCUGUACUAGUUUGGCCAGGAGGGAUUAGACCUCCCUGCAAGUGGUUAUCUCAUCAA